CACUAUUCCCUGACAAAGCUCCCACGUCAUGAGGAGCCUGGUGAGAGGAGCCGCAUCUAGUCUCUUCCGGCCUUCGAAUCAGUUUCGAGCGGUCUCUUCCGUGCCGGCAUUCAUCAAUGGGACCUUCAGCGAGAGCUCCGGCACACAGUUCUUUGAAGUGCGGAAUCCGGCCACGCAAGAGCUGAGUAAGUGAUCAGGAAGUUGCCUGCUGACGCCUGUAUGAUGUGGCGUUUGAUCUCAUGCAGUUGCCAAGACUCCUCAGUCAACAGACGCGGAGCUGAAGGAUGCAGCAAGUGCAGCGCAGAAGGCCUUCUUGUCGUGGCGCAACACACCCGUGUCGGUGCGCCAGAGAUACAUGUUCAAGUUGCAGUCAAUCAUCCGCGAGAGAACCGACGAACUGGCCGCAAUCCUCACCAAGGAGCAGGGCAAGACUCUAGACGAUGCCAAAGGUGACAUCUUCCGGUGAGCCAACCGACCAGCCGCAGCCGCGCCGCAAAGAGCAAACACCCAUGAGUGCCUGUUGUGAUGUCAGGGGCCUGGAGGUUGUGGAGUAUGCUUGCAGCGCAUCUUCUGUACUCAUGGGCGAGACCAUCGAGAACGUCUCCAAGGUGAGGCGGGCAACCUGAGAGCACCGGUUGACGCACCUGGAUCCCGUCACAUGGUUUGUUUGAUGUAGGGCGUUGACACCUAUUCGUACAGACAGCCACUCGGUGUUUGUGCGGGAGUGGCGCCAUUCAACUUCCCCGCAAUGUGAGUAUCUGAGCGGGAGGGGCAGGUUGUUUCUCUUUUUCAUUUCCUUCUUCCUCUUUUCUGUAGGAUUCCGUUGUGGAUGUUCCCAUUAGCAAUUGCAGGUCAGGUGCUCUUCUCUGCCCAUCGUUCGCUGCAAGAGCCGAUUGUGCUAUUUCAGCCGGCAACACCUUCGUCCUCAAGCCGUCUGAGCGGGUGCCAUUGUCGUCAAUGAAGCUGGCAGAGUGGCUGAACGAAAUUGGGCUCCCUCCUGGUGUCGUCAACAUCGUGGUACGCACACACAAAAGGCAGCAUUCAACGAUGGUAUGUACUUUGCUGCAUGCCUUCUCUUGUCAGCAUGGCGGGAAGCCGACUGUGGACUUCAUUUGUGAAGACCCUCACAUUCGCGCCAUAUCGUUUGUCGGCUCGAACAGAGCCGGCGAGUACAUCUUCGAACAGGGGACCAAGAACGGCAAGCGCGUCCAGGCCAACCUGGGAGCAAAGGUUCGCAGGGCAGCAGGGUGGGAUGAGGCACACGUGUUCGUGGCUUCCUGAUCAUGGUGGGAUCUUUGCUUUCAAUCUAGAACCACGCGGUCGUCAUGCCAGACGCGGACAAGGAGGACACAAUCAAUAUGCUCUGCAAUUCGGCAUUUGGUGGGCUGGAGAAAGGAAGGAGAAAUGCAUCUGGAUGGUCUCAAUUGCAGGGGCUGCCGGACAGCGCUGCAUGGCCAUUUCUGUUGCCAUGAUGGUGGGGGAAGCGUCUGCCUGGAUACCGUAAGCUAAGGCGCACUCGCUCUCUCAACGAAGAGCUUUGAUUGAGCUCGUUCUUGUCAGAGAGAUCGUGAAGCGAGCGUCUUCAUUCAAGGUCAACACAGGGAGCGAGCCUGGGACCGACAUCGGCCCUCUGAUCUCCCCAGAGGCAAAGAAGCGCGUCAUUCAGCUCGUUUCACAAGUAGGGAUUUUUGAACAGUUCGCAUCCGUCACCAUGUUCCCGUGUGUGUCGAAUAGGGGGUGGAGGAAGGCGCGACGCUAGCGCUGAAUGGUUUGGACGUGACCGUGCCGGGCUACGAAAAUGGUACACACGUCAACACCAGCAGUCUGCAUCAUUCUCUCCCUUGUUCAUUCUCGGCAGGCAACUUCGUCGGACCUACCCUCCUCACAGACGUCACUCCCGACAACGUCGCAUACAACGAAGAGAUUUUCGGUAUGGAUAUGCACCUGCCAAACGACAUGGUCCUGUUGCACAGGUGCGGUGUACUACAACAGGUCCGGUGUUGUGCACGAUGAACUGCGACAGCCUUGACGAUGCUUUGGCAACUGUCAACAAGAACCCAAAAGGCAAUGGGACAGGUAACACGCUCGUGGUCUGCAUGCAUCAAGACGCGACUUGCAUUUCUUUUUUCCUUUAGCAAUCUUCACCAAGAAUGGUGCUACAGCCAGAAGGUUCCAGUAUGAAGUGGACGUGGGGCAAGGUGAGCGACCACGAGACCACGAAGACACCUGCAACAAAUACAAGACAAUUAACCAAUGUUCGUCUCCUCCAGUUGGCAUCAAUCUGCCCAUUCCGGUUCCACUUCCGAUGUACGCACACACAGGCAUCAGCUAGACGCAGCCCCAUUUUCUGUUUCCACUACCGCUUUCAGGUUCUCAUUCACUGGCUGGAAAGGAAGCAUCAGAGGCGACCUGAACUUCUACGGCAAAUAUGGUACGUGUCAAGAACGACAAAGACUCAGUUUGUUUUCCUUGGAUCUGAACGCUCCCUUGUUCUGCAGGGCUCUACUUUUACACACAGGUCAAGACCAUUACCAGUCGCUGGAAAGAUGAAGCCAAGGUGGCUAAGUUGAGUGGGGCAAUGCCAACUUUGGGGUAGCGGGUCUGUGAUUCAAGUCUGUCAAAUAAUGUCAUUGGGGUGGGGGGCAGUUCUGUCCAGAGGUUCAUGCAGGUGCAUAGUGUAGCACUGCGCGUUCUCGUUUGGGACUUAUGACACUCUUGUGGUGGAGGGUGCAGAGAGGCACACAUACACACAGC